GCUCCGCUUGCGUUACGUUGCACCCCGUUCCACCACGUGGGAUCGUCACCUUCUAUAUCCAGCAUCUAGCAUCUGGCAUUUUUCCGCCAGGAACAAGUUUUUAGGGCCCAAAUCUUGAGCAUAUUCAUCACUGCAUUUCACUCGUCACAAUGAGUCUCAUCCAUAAGCUACAAGCCAAACUCGAGCUCUACCGCCUCGAACAGCGCUACGCCCGCCGCAAGCACCGCAGCACAUUCUCCACGGGUGCCCAAUACGUCGACGGCGAAUAUGUCUACUCGGGCGUAAGUUCGCCUACGAGUACCGUCUCCAAAAAUUCCACCGGCAGCUGGCGCCCAUCAGGAUGGGGUAGCGGUAGUCAGUCAUCUCGAUAG